GGCUCUCACCGGCCAUGCCUGGGACGCGGUGUCUGCGGUUGCUAUGGAGACAGAUUGACUCUUGCACCGGAAGUAGAAGGGAUCUCACUUCCGGGUCGGGGGUGCCUGCGCUUGGCUGGCUUCGGAGCCUGUUGUGACAGUAGGAGAAAAUGAGUUCAGCAGGGAAGAGAAGAGGAAGGCCAAAUAAAGGCGGAGGAAGAGGGAGAGGGAGAGGCAGAGGUGGAGGUGGAGGAGGCGGAAGAGGCAGAGGACAAUGUAACAAAUCUCAUGCUGGUGGAAAUAAGAAAGGGUCAAGCAAAAUUUGGGAUGAUGGGGAUGACUUUUUCUGCUUUGAGGAACCGCCAGUUGCAUCCAGAUCAAGCGGCGUUAUCAGAAGAGGAGGGCAAACCAAACAGCGACCUGAAACGAGGAUGCCUCUGCAGACUAUACAUAUGACAUCUGAGAAUCAGCAAAGGGUGAAAGAACUCCUCCGAGAACUCCAGGGACAAGAGCUGUCUGCUGGUUCAGAAAUGGCUGCAUCAGGUGAAGAUGACGAUGAUGAACCUGAUUACUUUGAUGACGUGCAGUGCUGGUCAGCAGACGAUGAGAUUUCUGAAGUAACUACAAGGGUGGUUUCUGAACCAGAUGAACACAAAAUGAUGGAAAGUGAGGUGUCUUCAUUUGCUGUGCAUAAACUUUCCAGGUAUGGCUUUGAUAAUGAGCGCUGUCGGACAAUACUAAGAUCCUGCAAUGGUAACAUUGGGGCAUCGUUGGAACACUUGCUCUUGCAGUGCUUUUCAGAAAAAUACGGAGAGUGGAUGCAAAUCUCAGAAGCAGCUGUUCAGGCCAGUCUAGAAGAAUGCUUGGAACAAAGGCAAGAAGAGGCUUUUGCUCUCCGUUCAAUCUACGGAGAAAACUUUGUAGAAAGAAUUAAAAACAGAGUUUGGACAUUUGGAUUGGAACUGGAACACCUAACAAAUAAAGUCAGCAAAUCCAAACAGAGGGAUAGUGCUGCCAAAGAUGUGGCAAAACAGGCUUUAAAUAAAGUCUGUAAAUUUUACCUUCAAGGAGGCUGCAAGUUUGGCACAAGAUGCAAAUUCCAACAUGAGACUCCCCCAAAGCACCUGCCAAGAACGUUACAGAAUUCUGUGGAUGACGCUCACCUCAGAUCUAAUGAUGAUACCUCUCCUUUGUAUGAACUUGAAAUCAGAUUUCCUGAGGAUAGCAAAUACCCCUAUCAGGCACCAGUUGUGGCAUUUUAUUCCACCAAUGAGAAUCUACCUCUGGCUUGUCGUUUACACAUUGCUGAAUUCCUCUAUGGAAAGGCCUUGACGUCUGCAGAGGCUAAUGAACCAGUUGUGUAUUCUUUAAUAACCUGUUUGGAGGAUGAAUCGGAGAUAACCGAGUUACUUACUAAUACUUCCCACAAAUAUAGCGUCCCUCCUGUGUCCUUGCCGGCCAUGUCCUCAACAAGAACCCAUACGGACAGUCAUAAACAAGUGUUUCCAGAUAGUUCACCUGUUUCAAAUCGCAUGUCAGAAGUUACAAAAGAGUCUGAGCCUGAGAGUGAUGAAGAUGAGGCGGAAGAGGAGCCUGAAACAGUUGUUGUGGAGAAUGAGAGUUAUGUGAACCUCAAGAAGAAGCUUUCCAGAAAGUAUGACAUGCAGGCAAAGUCUGUGUAUAAUGAAAAUGUCAAAAUCUGCAAGCAAUUCCGAAUAAAGCAGUCUUCUAGGCACUUCCAGUCCAUGUUGCAAGAAAGACAGAAUCUCCCUGCGUGGGAAGAAAGAGAAACCAUUCUUGAUUUGCUGACUAAGCAUCAGGUGCUUGUUGUGAGUGGCAUGACUGGAUGUGGGAAAACCACUCAGAUUCCUCAGUUUAUUUUGGAUGCUUCACUGAGGGGUCCUCCAAAUAGGGUAGCCAAUAUCAUAUGCACUCAGCCUCGCAGGAUCUCUGCCAUUUCUGUAGCUGAACGCGUAGCCAAGGAAAGAACAGAAAGAGUUGGGAUCACUGUGGGAUACCAGAUCCGCUUAGAAAGUGUAAAGUCACUAGCUACCAGGCUGCUGUACUGCACUACUGGAGUGCUGCUGAGAAGACUAGAAGGAGACAUGACUUUACAGGGAAUCACCCAUGUUAUUGUUGAUGAAGUUCAUGAAAGAACAGAAGAGAGUGACUUCUUGCUGCUGGUUUUGAAGGAUAUUAUGUUUCAGAGGCCAGACCUGCGUAUUAUACUAAUGAGUGCCACCUUGAAUGCAGAGCUUUUCUCUCAGUACUUUAACUCCUGUCCAGUUAUUAACAUACCAGGUCGGACAUUCCCUGUGGAUCAGUUUUUUCUGGAAGAUGUAAUUGCAGUGACAAGGUAUGUCUUAGAGGAUGGUAGUCCAUACAUGAACAACACGAAACGAGGUCCAGAAGAGAAACUUAAAGCAAGGCGCAAGAGAACUGCGUUAGAAGAAGUGGAGGAAGAUCUAAGAUGUGCUCGCCUCCUAGAGGAUGACACUACUGUGAAGGAUUCAGUCCCAGACCAGCAAUUAACUUUUAAACAACUCCUGAUACGGUACAAAGGGGUUAGUAAAUCAGUGUUAAAAACAAUGGCUGCCAUGGACUUAGACAAAGUUAAUCUGGAAUUAAUAGAGUCCCUGCUGGAAUGGAUAGUCAGCGGCAAACACUCGUACCCACCAGGUGCUGUACUGAUAUUUUUGCCUGGUCUAGCAGAAAUUAAGAUGCUUUAUGAACAGCUACAAUCUAAUGCCCUUUUCAAUAAUAGACACAGUAAACGCUGUGUUGUUUAUCCACUCCAUUCCUCGCUGUCCAGUGAAGACCAGCAGUCUGUGUUCCUGAAGCCCCCUGUAGGAGUUACCAAGAUCAUCGUAUCUACAAACAUUGCAGAAACGUCCAUCACCAUUGACGAUGUGGUCUUUGUGAUUGAUUCUGGGAAAAUGAAAGAGAAAAGAUACGACCCCAGCAAAGGAAUGGAAAGUCUGGAAGACACAUUUGUGUCCAAAGCCAAUGCAUUGCAAAGGAAAGGGCGGGCAGGGCGCGUAGCCUCCGGAGUCUGCUUUCAUCUUUUCAGUAGCCAUCACUACAAUCACCAGCUUAUAAAGCAGCAGUUACCCGAAAUCCAAAGAGUGCCUUUGGAACAGCUGUGUCUCAGAAUUAAGAUUUUGGAUAUGUUUUCUGCGCAUGGCCUUCAAUCUGUCUUAUCCCGCCUGAUUGAGCCGCCAACAAUUGAAUCUCUGCGUGCAUCGAAACUGCGGCUGCAGGACUUGGGCGCUUUAACUCCAGAUGAAAAGCUCACCCCCCUGGGGUAUCACUUGGCCUCCUUGCCUGUCGAUGUGCGGAUUGGAAAACUAAUGUUGUUUGGCACCAUUUUCCGUUGUCUGGAUCCUGCAUUAACUAUAGCAGCAAGUCUGGCCUUUAAGUCCCCUUUUGUGUCUCCAUGGGAUAAAAGGGAGGAAGCGAACAAAAAAAAGCUGGAAUUUGCAAUAGGAAACAGUGAUUACCUGGCUCUUCUCCAGGCUUAUAAGGGAUGGCGCUUGAGUACCAAAGAGAGUUCUCAUGCAAGCUACAGCUAUUGCAGGGAGAACUUCUUAUCAGGAAGAGUUCUUCAAGAAAUGGCGAGCCUAAAAAGGCAAUUCACAGAACUGCUGUCGGAUAUUGGAUUUGUGAAGGAGGGGUUAAGAGCCAGGGACAUGGAGAAGAGGUGGUCUCGAGGAGAUGGUGUUUUGGAUGCUACAGGAGAAGAGGCAAACUCUAAUGCAGAGAACAUCAAGUUGAUAUCAGCAAUAUUAUGUGCUGCUCUGUAUCCCAACGUUGUCCAGGUGAAAACCCCUGAGGGGAAAUACCAGUAUACCAGUGCAGGAGCAGUUAAAUUGCACCCAAAGGCAGAGGAGUUGAAGUUUGUUACAAAAAAUGACGGUUACGUUCACGUUCAUCCUUCCUCGGUGAAUUAUCAAACCAGGCACUUUGACAGCCCCUACUUGGUGUACCACGAGAAGAUCAAAACGAGCCGUGUGUUCAUCCGGGACUGCAGCAUGGUGUCGGUGUACCCGCUGGUCUUGUUUGGAGGAGGGCAGGUCCACGUGCAGCUGCAACGGGGGGAGUUUGUCAUUUCGCUUGAUGACGGAUGGAUUCGUUUCGCAGCAGCCUCCCACCAGGUGGCAGAGCUGGUGAAAGAACUGCGCUGUGAACUAGACCAGUUACUCCAGGAUAAGAUCAAGAAUCCCAGCAUGGAUUUAUGCACGUGCCCGCGAGGAUCCCGUAUCAUUAGUAUGAUUGUAAAGCUUGUGACCACCCAACACUGAUCCAUGAGAGACCUUUCCCUCGGAUCCCAGGACUGCGCACUUUGCUUACAAGCCUUUGGUGAAGGAACGUGGGCUAAGGCUGGCUGAAGUACAGUGUCAACGGGCUCAUCCGUGUCCACAUGGCUGUUGACACCUUCUUGGUUCCUCCACCUGAAUGUAUCACAGCCGGCUGGGCGCUUGCUGGCUAAAAGGCCCUCGCUCUCCACGCCUCUGACUCUGCUGCCACUCUCCUUCCCCUAGACAGCUCAGAAUCAUUCUGGCUCUCAAACCCCCCACGCCGCCCUCCCUUGUCGGGCUGUCAGCCUCGCUCCCCAUAAGGAAUAUGGUCUGCAGAGGAGCAACAGAUGCUGAGGGAAAGUCAUGAAGCAUAGGUUAGAGUGGGCGCAGCAGGGAGCGGUCAGAGUUUGAGAACCGUUAGCCCCUGCAGGCCCAGCCUUGGGUGGGAUGAGAGUCCCCAGAGGUAGGGGUGGGGCCAUUGAGCAAAGCAGGGAGAGCAGUGGGAAGAACAUCAGGUUGUGGAGACCUCGCUGAGCUGAGAGGAAUUAGAAAACUCAGCUUUGUGGGGAACUUGGGGAUGAUGCAGGGGGGGCAGGUUGCCAUGAGGUGGCCCAGGCUAGAGGACUGGGAAACCACACCAGGCUCAGGUUUGAAACAGCUGUAACUUUAUGUAAUGGGAUUUUCCCCGAAAUGUGCUGUUAGGGAAUGGAGCCCAUCACCUGGAUGAAACCAAACAAAGGGCAGAAGACACCAAUGAAAAGAUAGGCAGGCUUUUAAUGGCAUGAUCGACAAUCCCCUUUUCAGAACAAAUCUAAUAAUGACAGCUGCGUCUGAUGCAUCAUCAGCUGGUCCAGGACAUGAUCCGGCGGGUGGCAGGUGGAUUUGUACACAGCCAGAGUCUCUGUGACGCAUGCCACGCUUGAUGGCUGAGACGUUUGCCAUGCAGUUAGCCCAGCUUCGCCGUCCUUGGUGGUGGUUGUACAUUCUAGUUGCAAUGUGUAAACAUUUGAGUGGCUUUCCUAAAGAGUGCGCAGAACGGAUGGAGGUGGAGCCGGGGGCCCCGCUAGCAGGGCCAGGCAGACAGGCCUGGGGAGCAGAAGUCCUGUCUCCGGGUCAGAACACUGCUUGGCUGAGAAGGAAAUUAACAGAGUUGCUCCAGGUGUAGCGGCUGCAGUUAAGAGCCACGUGCCAUCACUUCGGGCAGAGAGCUACAACGGUGCCAGCACGUAAUACAGCCCCGGGGCAGUGGCACCUGUUCCCAAAGAUAC